AUGUCACAAUUACCUCAAAAACCAUUAAUUGGAAGAAGACCAUUUACUAUGGUUGAAAGUUCACAUGCAAAUUUAACAGAAGGAUUAGAAAGUCCUUCUGGUAUAAAAACAGAACAUACAGAAAAUUCAAAUUCAGGAAAUACUGACACCCACUCUAAUGGAUCAGUGGAGAUAAGCGAUAAAUUAACACAAAGAAUUAUUCAAUUAGAAGAAAUUGUUCAUAAUUUAACUGAAGAAAAUACUCGUCUUCAAGAACAAAUUCAUAAAAUGCCACGAACACCACAACAAAUAAAUAAAGAGUUUGAAUAUUUUUGUACUCAAAUGCCAAUUAGAGGAGGAACAUUUAUUACAGGACAAAUUGAUACAAGAACAACAUUUAUUCAAAGAAAAAUUACAAUUAAUUUUCCAACAGAAUUUCCUGAAGAACCAGCUGUAUUUGUUUUUCAUUUAUCUGUUACAGGAACAAGUAGUAAAGUAACAAAUAUUGUUAAAGAUGUUUCAGGGUUUACAGUUGAUUUUGGAGGAGCAAUUAAAGAUGUAGCAACAAUAUUUUGGAUUGCAUAUCUUCCAAUUAAAGUGAAAAGCAAAUUUAUAGAAUUAAUAAAUACAUUAAAUAAUUCCAAUACUAUGACUUCAAAACAAAUAGAAAAUACUAUUUCAACUUAUAUUAAAAAACAAGGAGUUCAAGAUGAAGAUAAAGAUGGAAAUACCUUACUUCAUCACUUAGUUUUAUUAAAUGAACCAAAAAUGGUAGAAUUAGUUUUAAACAAAGGAGCAAAUGUUAAUGCACUUAAUAAAUUUAAAUAUUCACCAUUACAUACAGCAUUAAGUCAAAAUGAAAUUAAUAUAGAAGUUGUUUCUAAAUUAUUAGAACAUCAUCCAGAUAUUCAUAUUAAAAAUGAAACAAUGAGAACACCAUUACAUUAUUUAUGUAGAAAUAGACAUUUAGAAAAGAAUAUUUCAAUAUUAUAUAGAUUAAUAUCUAAUGAAAAAGAUCCUAAAACAUAUAUUAAUGAAAUAUCAAAAAUUGGUGAAAGUUCAUUGACAUGUGUUUGUUCAGCAUCAAUGAAUGAAGAAGCAAUUAAAUAUCUUUGUGAAAAUGGUGCAAAUGUUAAUCAAGUAACAGAAAGUGGAACAUUUCCACUUUAUUAUGCUGUAAAAAAUAAAAGAACAGAUAUAGUACAAAUUUUAUUACAAUAUGGAGCUGAUAUUGAUAUGACAUUUAAAGGAAAACCAGUUAUGAAAAUAGCAGAAGAAACUGGACAAAUGGAAGGAGUAGUAUCUUUAAUUGAAAAUAAAUAUUCAUUAACAAUAUUAAGUAAUGAAGAAAUUCAACAAAAACAAGAUACAUUUGAUACACCAAAAAGAUUAAUUGAAACAUGGACAAAUACUACAACUCAAAGUAAAAUUAUUCUUGUUGAUCAAAAUACUCUUCCUGAUUAUCAUAUUGAAAAUUAUUAUACAUCAUGUACUCAUAAAUAUGAUGAACUUAUGAAUAAAAAUUAUCAUGAUGUUACACUUCCAAUUAGAUAUUAUCAAAAUUUUAUUAAACCAUUUCCACAUUGUCAUUAUUGUAUUUUAAAAACAGACAUUCAUACAGGUACAAAAGAAAAUACUAUUAUUACAAUUAAACAAGACUCUAAUGAUAAAAAAUUUAUUGUAUGGACUAAAAGAUCAACAAUUAGAAAAACAGCACCAAUAGGAGUAAAUGAUAUUCAAAUUUUAAAAGAAUUUGGAUAUAAAGGAUCAAAAGCAACUCCAAUAACAAUACCUGACAUAAAUAAUAAAAUAGAAAAAUUUGAAAAUUAUUUUAUCAUUAAAGAUUAUAAAUUUGGAGUAUUAUAUGCUACAGAAGGACAAACUCUUGAAAGUGAAUUGUUUAAUAAUAAAAUUGGAAGUAAACAUUUUGAAAAAUUCCUUGAGUUGUUAGGAAAGAAAAUUAAAUUACAAGGAUAUAAUGGAUUUGCUGGAGGUUUAGAUACAAAAUAUCAAUUAACAGGAGAAUAUUCAUAUGUAAAUUCUUUUUCAAAUGACAAAGUUUCAAUUAUGUAUCAUAUUGCACCUUAUUUACCAUGGUCUGAUAAUAAUCCACAACAACUUGAUAAAAAGAAACAUAUUGGAAAUGAUAUUGUUGUUCUUAUUUUUAAAGAAUAUAGAGGAAAACCAGAAUUAAUUGAUAUUUCAUCAUUUAAAACACAAUUUAAUCAUGCAUUUAUUGUUGUUGGAUAUGAUUUAAAUCAACCAGAAAAUGAAAUCCCAAAAUAUAGUGUAAAUGUUAUGUGUAAACAUGAUAUUUCACCUAUUCCACCUUUUAUUACUACUGAUCAAUAUACACAUUCACAAUUAUUUUCAAAUUUCAUUAUUUCUAAAUUAAUUAAUGCAGAAGUUGCUUCAAGAGAAUCAUCUCAAUUUAGAACAAAGAAUGUAAUGAUUAGAGGUAAAUUAUUAAAUGAAAUGAUGGAAGGAAAUUGA